AUGGCAUCCAGGGGCACGAUCGCUCCACUGCCAGUCAUCCACGAGGAGGGGGACUGGGAAGACUCCUCCUCCUCCUCCUCGUCGGAUGACGACUACAACGAAGACGAGGACCUUCUCUUGCCCCACGAGAGGGCCCGUCCGCCUUCUCCCCCCUCCCACUCGGCACAACUCCGCCUCAUCUACCACUCGAGGACCUGGGAGACGCAGAUCUACAUGCUGAAGGACGGCAAGGCCCUUAAGGAGCGAUCCUCCUACGAGACGUUGAGCAAUGGAUUCUUCGCCGCCGACGCGUUUGCGACGCUCCUUACCCACUGGUCCAACGCGCUUCCCGAGCGACUCAAAGAUAUCCUGGGAGACGAUCACCCUUACCUCGAGCGCCUCGUACUUCCCGCCGCGCCGCGCCAGUUUAAGCUCAUCAAAGGCAUGGAUAAUUCCAAACAUCUGCCCGAUCAGCUUCUCAAGCCGUUCCCCGAAAUGGAGGGUAGACUCAUCAUGCAGAGAAUGCGACCCAUCAAGCCGACCGUCGUGCGCAUCAUCAUUGAUCAUACCAUCGGCCGCGACUUCCAGAAUCAGGCUCUCAUGAUGCCAGAGAACUACAACCUCCACCCGAAGAUCUGGCUUGGCUUCGAACAGCCGCCCGAGGUCAGAGAUGCGCUCAAAGACUACCCGAACCUCGCGACGCGACCAGCCUACCUCGACCAGCUCCUCAAAUUCAUCGGUCGCCCUGGCGUUCUCGAGCUCGCACGCAAGAUGGGUACCGCGCUCGCCAUCAUUCACCACGAUAUGCACAAGGACGCCCGUAAUGUCAAGUUUCGGCUCGCGUACGAUCCUAUGCAGGACAAGCCGCAGCUCUGGGUGUGUGGGCUGGGGAAUAUGGACGAGUUGAAAGAGAACGAGCGUUUCUUCCCGCGGCCUAGCGUUGGUUCUGGCAUUUUUGACGCGUUCUGGGCGGCAUACAUGAUUGUCAGCGAGGGGAUCAUUCAGUGGAAGGAGGAUAUUGCGCCGGAGGGAUCGUAUCGGGAUCAGGAGAUGAGGAAGUUGCUUAUGAAGGUUUUGGUGGCGCGUAUGAAGACGCUCUAG